CUUGUUCUGUGUCUCUCCCACUUGCUCAUUUUGCACCUCUGUCAUAUUAAGUCAAUCGCUGCACCUUACUACGCGGAAAGACUUGAAACAAAUAGUGGCACAACCUCCUCUAUCAUUGGAUAGCCCGUUCCUCUAUCUCAGAGAACUCGAUAUUUUUGGAUGUAGCAGCAUGAAGAUUCUAAUGACACCAGAAUUAUUAGCACAGCUCCAAAACCUAGAGACUGUUUCUGUUGUAAGUUGUGAGUCGAUGGAAGAAAUAGUUGGAGAGAGUUAUUGUAGCGGUAACACUUCUAACCCUACGAUCACUCUUUCCAAAGUGAGAUCUUUGAAACUGAAUUUUCUAUCACAAUUGACUUUUGUAUUUAGAGGAAUCAUGCUCUGUCCUUCUCUCCAUUAUUUUGAGGCCUCCUAUUGUGAGAAACUAAGUCCUCCUCAUAUAGAGAUCAAAGAAGGAUGUAAGCUUCAAAUGCAGAAGGCAUGGAUGGGACAGGAAAUCUAUUGGAAAUACGAUAGUCAGGAACAGGAACAUGAACAGGAAGACAAAUACACAGAUGAAAAUUUUUGGCAUGGGAUAUGAGAGAGGCUUCUUCGUUUUAUAGCUCUUGUUCUAUAUAUAGGAGGAUCCCUUGCCUCACAAUAUUGUACCAUUUUGGUUAUAUCGUGCACUGCAAUUUAGGGUCUUCUGGAACCCAAAAUGAUUGUGUUACAAAGUCAAAUUGGAUAUGUAAGGUCCAGACGGUAAAUGUCUAUGUUCUCGCUACUCCUUCUGUAAUGGUUUACCCAAAAUGAUGUCCCUGCUUUUUCAAUGCUCGGUUAUUAGCAUCAUGAAUCCUGAUGAUUUUAUUAGAGAAAGCAAAUAAUUAACUCACUCUUUCUGUGA